UUCACAUUCCCUCUCAUAACCACACACUGCCGCCAUGGAAAUACAAUAAAAAGAAAAGAAACUAAACCCUGAAUCUAAAACCCUAAUAACAGCGUUACCAAUAUCUAUAGAAUGGGGAAGCCGGAAAGUGAAACGACGUCGUGUUGUUCCGUUUUCAUCGACACAAGCCUCAACACUCAUUUCGCCACCUUCAUCUCCCCGUCCGACACCGUUUCCGAUCUUAAAGAGAGAAUAAUUCAAGAACAUUCAUCGGGUUUUCCUAAAUUUGGGGAUAUAAAAAUCCAUGCAUUGAAGGUGAAGAGAAAAGGUUGUUUUUAUCAAUUAUCGGAUAAAAUGCUGGCAACGAGUGUUUUUCAUGGCAUAGAUAAAUGUUGGUUUGUAACAGCUGAUGUUUCUAGUAGUGUAAAGGAGGAGCAUGAUGUUGAUGAUGUUGGUUAUAACCGCCCUUUGAAACUGAAAGCAAUUUCGUUUUUUGAUGACCGGUUAAGUUCGGAUUUGGAUGUUGUUCAUGGAAACCGUGGUUUAGAGAUUGUGGAGAUUGGUGUUGAAUGUAGCGGCGGAAACAAUGGCAAUGUUAAACCUUUGGAUGUCGAUAAUUGUGAUAAGGAAAAUGAAAUUGAGGGUCCUAUUGGAGGUAGGAAAAGGAAUGCUAGGGAUGAGAUUAGUGAUGAUGUGCAGGGUGAUGCACCGGCGGAAAUAGGUUUAGAUUCUAGAUCUCGUACUAAGAAAAAACGUAAGAGUGAAAAGAAAGUUAAAUAUGCUAAGAAUGACCUUGGUUUGAAAGAGGAUGCUUUAGUACCUGAUUCUGAUAAAAAUGUAUCACAGCAAGAGAUUGUUGUGUCUGUGGUUUCAUGUGAUGAAGCAACCGAAAAUAGAAAUACUAUUGGUGACUCAAGUGGUGCAGUGCAAGAGACUGCUGUUGCAAGUACUGAAGGGACUGUUGUGUUAGAAAAGCCUGUCGAACUUGAAAGUGAUAAAUUGAGAAGUGAUGUUAAUAUGCAAUGUGAUAAAUCAGUUGAAGAAAAUUUGCAAUCUGAACCUAUGGCGAAGAAAAAGCGUAAAAUUAAAAAGCACAAAGAUGGUAAGGAAGGUUUAUUGAAAAGCAAUGGAGCUUUGAUUGCUGAACCAAAUGAGGAUAUGGUUGAGCUACUGGCAGCCUCUGAGCAUUCUCUACAGCCCAAACAGUACGAUAAAAAUAAUAUUGACGGGUCAAAUGUUGUAGUGCAAGAGACUGCAGUUGCAAGUGCUGAAGUGACCGCUGUGUUAGAAAAGCAUGUCGAACUUGAAAGUGAUAAAUUGGGAAGUGAUGUUAACACGCAAUGUGAUAAAUCAGUUGAAGAUAAUAUGCAAUCAGAGCCUGUAGCAAAGAAAAAACGUAAAAUUAAAAAGCGCAAAGAUGGUAAAGAAGAUUCAUUGAAGAACAAUGGAGCUUUGAUUGCUGAAUCAAAUAAGGAGAUGGUUGAGCUACUGGACGCCUCUGAGCAUUCUCUACUGGGCAAACAGGAUGAUAGAAGUAAUAUUGACGAGUCAAGUGGUGUAGUGCAAGAGACUGUCGUUGCAAGUGCUGAAGUGACUGCUGUGUUAGAAAAGCAUGUCGAACUUAAAAGUGAGAAAUUAAGAAGUGACAUUAAUACUCAAUGUGAUAAAUUAGUUGAAGAUAAUAUGCAAUCAGAGCCUGUGACAAAGAAAAGACGUAAAGUUAAAGAGCGAAAAGAUGGUAAAGAAGAUCCAUUGAAGAACAAUGGAGCUUUGAUUGCUGAAUCAAAUAAGGAAAUGGUUGAGCCAUUGGCAGCCUCUGAGCAUUCUCUACUGGCCAAACAGGACAAUAGAAAUCCCAGUUUGAGCAGUUCAACUGAAAUUCCAGAGGAUGUUCAUUUGCUGUCUGCAGGUUCAAGCAAUGGGAAGAAGAAAAAGAAGAAACCAACAGAUACAUUUAAUCAAGAUACUGAUCUCGGCAACCUAGAUGCUAGCAAUGUGGAUAGUAGAUGCGAUGCCUCUAGAUUAGCAGUUAAAUCAGAUUCCAAAAGUAUGAAAGUUUCAGAAGAUUGCCCUUCCACUAAUGCAGUACAUCUUGAAGUCAGAGAAUCUGAUAACACAGAGAAAGCAGUUGAGAUUUCCAGGAAUGAGAAUGAUAUCCUCGGAGAUGAUCAAAAUGCAGCUGUUAAUCACAAGAAUGGAGUUGAAGAACAAAAUUUAGCGCUGAACAUUUCACCUGUCCUGGAUGACUUAGCCUCAGCAGCUAAAGUACUUGUCAGUCCUAAAUUGGCUGAAGCUGGUGAAAUUAUGUCUCCUUUAAAAUCAUCAAAGAAAAGAAAGAAAUCCAAAAAGACAAACGAGUUGAGCGAAAAACCAUCUGUAUCUGUUGUAGAACACAAUGACGGUAGUGGCACAUCUCCCAUGGAGCCUCAUGAUUCCAAUGUAAAUAACAAUGGCGGCAACCUUAAUAAAGGCGAAAAUAAUGUACCUAUGAAAGGGGGGAAAGUAGUAUCAGAAAUGGAAACAAGUGCAUCUCUUUUGGUUACUGCAAAGGAAAUCGAUGAUAUCAUACAGAAUACAGUGGAAUCAGUGCAGCAGGUUGGACAAGUUGAAGUUAGUGGUCAAAACAUGGACGGAAAGUCAAAAAAGAAAACUAAGAAGAAGCGGAUUUCCAAUCUUCCAGAAUGGGAAAAUGACACCAAGGUUGCUGGUAAUGUUGUUUCUGCGCCAUCAGCUGAUAAUAACACAAGGCAGGCAGAAAAUUCAUCUAAUGAUCAACAACAUAUACAGAAUGCAGUGGACUCAGUGAAGCAGUUCGGACAAGUUGAAGUUAGUGGUGAAAACAUGGAUGGAAAAUCAAAAAAGAAAAUUAAGAAGAAGCGGAUUUCCAACCUUCCAGAAUCGAAAAAUAACACUGGUAAUAUUGUUUCUGCGCCAUCGGCUGAUAAUAACACAAGGGAGGCAGAAUAUUCAUCUAAUGAUCAACAACAUAAAAUGAAAAGCAACAAUGAGGGUCUUGAAGCUGUGGUCAAUAAGAAUCCCUCUGAAAAUGGCCAUGCAGAUGAUAAUCUGGAAACUGAAAGCAAUGAGAUCAACUUUAAAAAUUAUUUUGUGCCUGGCCAACAUAACCACGAAAAUGUUAGUUCUGGUGAGGUGCUGGCUGAUAGCGCAACUAAAGCUAAGGAAGUAGAUGGUAAGAUUAAAGCUAAGAAGAAGAAAAAGAAGCUUGAUCCCAAUUCUCACAGUACUUCACUUGAUUUGCAAAGCUCACAGAGUUUAAAUGAGAGUUAUAAGGUUGAAGCAAGGCCUUCAAAAGUUUCUGACGGCGUGGUAAAAACUCCACCAUUUAGCAAGUCUGAUAAAGCUAGACAAUCUGUUGCUGUCAAGCCAUCCAGUACCAUUUCUCAUGCAAAUAGUAAAAGAGCUGCAUUAAAUCCUAGCUUGGAAAGUUCAAAAGACGCAAGUCCUCUAAGUAAAAGAGUCAACGGGACUCCCAAUGAAGACAACAAUCGCAUGAAUAGCAAAAGAACUUCGACUGGGGAAGUUGUGAAUAAUGCACAACACAAGGAUAGCUUAACAGGAGUAUCUGGUUCAAUAUUGAAGAAAGAUGAUGAGGCUUUUUCAAAUAAAGAUGAUAAUUCAGAUAGCACAAGAACUCCAUCAGAUAAAUCAUUGUCUUCUGACUACUCAGAUGGAGAAAGUAAUGCAGAAUCUAACUUAACUCAAAAUGGGUUGAACAGCUGGAAACGGAAGCAUGAAGGUGGAAAAACUCCAACGAUGCCAUUGAUUUCAGGUAUGGCAUUGGAUGCAAUUCUUAGAAGUUCAAGCAGAUACAAGAAGGCUAAGAUAACGGCUACCCUUUCGCAACUGGAGGAGACGGAAAGCCAAGCUGCUGAAGUUGUCCCUGAUAGUCAAGCGAACCCUUGAUCAUCUUGUAAUUUUACUUGUUUGAGUCUAUAUAUAUCCAGGACUUCUCUUUUGUUGGAUCUUUUUUGGGCAUUAUGUGAUGUUGCAAAUUUUUGUUAAUAGCCCUUAAUGGUUCUAUUUCAUUAGUUUUAUCGGUUUGUGUAUACCUAAUGAUUCAUCACACAGAAAACUACGUAUCGAAACUGAAGUGAAUGUUUUUUUUUUCCGA